GCGAUGGACGUCCCCGAUCAACAACAACAGCCUCCGGCUUCCGAGCUCCUUCGAUCGACCACGGUCCCUAUUGCGCAACUCUCCCCGACGCUCGAUGGACUCUCCGAACACGCUGUCCACGGUGUAGUGGCACUGCUCUGGCCCUUCUCGUCUUCCACGCGAUCAAUCAGUUUGCUUCUGGCCGAACCGGACUUUCGGCUUCGGCGGUCGGGGGGACAAGUCAGGGUGGUCUUCCACGGACACGUCGCAGAAGAGGUCGCGAAGUCACACGUCGGGAUCGGCGACAAUAUCUAUCUCAGCUUGGCAGGAUCCAGGUUGGCCGAUAACGAUCCGAAGGUUCUGACCCCGGGCAAGAGCGUGGCUUGGGAUGUGCAUUUCGACAGCACGGUUACGGUCGAGAUAUGGCGAUCCGACCAGCAUCUAUCGACCAUCAAGAUCGAUCCCCCGUCUUCUCCCCCACUCUCCGCCGACAGAACCACUCCCACACCGACUACACCCGAUGUGACCGGCAGCGCCUACCACCGCGGCCUCGAGUCGGCCGUUUGGCAAUCGCCCGCUUUUUUCGAACGAUCACGAACAUCAACGGGAGGCCAUCUUGCUGGCGCGACCUUGAACUCAGCUUUCGAUCCUUUCGCGGAGGAGGAUGGAUUCGUCCCGGGAAAGGGACGGAAACGGGCGAGGUUCAGUAUGCGCAACGAUUGGCGUCUUGUGGACGAGCCCGCCAGCCCGGAGGAUUUGGAGAUACCGGGAGAUUGGACGGCCAUGUUCGACGACGAGGCUUGGCUCAACGAAGCGGCUGCGGAAUUAGAAGAGGCUGCGGCUGCCGAUGAGAUGGACGCUACCGCCAAAGCUCUCACAGUGCCUGCAUCGCCCGAAGAAGACGAGGACACCCAGCCGUCCGUUGUUCCUGAAGACCGACCAGAACCUGUAAGCUUCGCCUCGAGCCUCGCGCCGGAGUCCUCAACAACACCCGUCUCCCGCGACGAAGAUUCUCCGGAAAAGUCCAAACCCAAAUCGGAUGCGCAAUUUCUCCUACCAGAUGUAUCGCAUUUCUCGCGCCAGAUGAUGCAUAAGACUAUCUCAAGCCUUGCGGGUCAUCUUCCUACUGACACUCCACGGUUAAAUCCUAUUCCUUCCCCGGGACUUCCUAUCCCAUCGCCACUCGUUAGCUCAGGGAACAGCCCGCUUGGCUACUUCGGAUCAGUUCCCGUCACCUCUGAUCCGGCGCAGGCUAUGGCAUCCAAGGCAGACUUAGUCUUGGAAACUUCGCGUUCAGAAAGUCAGAUUGGGUUCGACGCAGAGCUAGAGUUCACUGAGAUCCAAGCUCAGGAAACGCCCACAGUCUCUCUUGUGAGUGCCACGGGCGCUACUAACGAAGCCGACGAAUCGGCCUCUGUAUCCGAGGCCCCUGAGACGGACGUGGAACUACCAACUGCUGUGAAAGCUGCGAGCCAAGAGGAGACUAAACCCUCAUCUCUUUACCAUGCCAAUACUUCGCCCGAGGGGGCAGAAAGUGACAGGGAAGAUAUGGAACUGAUGGACGGAGACUCGCUACAAACUGAACAGUUCGUGCCAGGAGGCGAACAUGAACCAUCCGAUACUGAGAAGAGUGAUGGCGAAGCGGUAGACGACCAUAUGCCGCAGGGAGAAGAGGUGUAUUCUGACGCCGAGGAAGUUAGUGAAGAGGUCUCGGACAGCGAAGAACAUGAGGAUGAGCUUGCCAGUCAGGGUUCGGAGACUAAAUCAGUUAAAAUUGGCCGCGAUAAUGAAGAAGAUGCGAGAGAAGAAAUCGAGCCCAUAAUCAAGUCAAGGGCCGAUUUUGAGAUGGACUCUGGCGACGAAGCAGAAUCAUCUGUGGGAGACUCUGAGAUCCCGAAAAGGGCUGAAGGCCAUUAUGUCGACGAUGAUGAAGCAGAAGACCAUGAGGAAGACGUUUCCGACGAGGGUGAAUUUGAGGAACUCGAAGAAGAUGAAGAGGAUAUAGACGAAGAGGACGAAGAGGGCAGGGAAGAGGAGGAGGAUAUGUACGAUUACGAGGAUGAGGACGGAUACGGUGGACGUGUGGAUUCUGAAUUCGAUUCGCAAUAUACCAGGGAUGAAGCACCGCAACGGAAGAGGAAUUCUCCGGAAAUCAUUGUUCUGGACAGUGACAGUGAGGAUGAACCUGCGGAUUAUUCAGGGCGGAGGGAUGCAGGUGCUUCAGACUCUGAUCGAUCAGUAUCGUCGGCUGAUGGAGCCUUGGACUCUGAGCUUGUUGAUGGGGAUGAGGAAGAGGAUUAUGAUGAAGAUGAAGAUGAAAAUCUGGUUGAGGUCGAGGCCGAGGUUGAAGAUGAGGAUGAGGACGAGGAUGCGGACGAGGAUGCUGAGGAUGACAUUGGUUCUGAUGUUGACGAAUGGCCGGUUCAGGACGAAAAGGACGUACAAGAACCAGAAAGAAGCCCGGCGGAGCUGCGAAGUGACAAGACAGUACAUAAGCGCAUCGAAGAUGUACAGUCACAGUCAGAAAAUGCAAGUGAUGCAGAGGAGCAGCUGAGCGAUGACGAGCAGGCGAGAGAGGAAGGCGUUGUCGCAGAAAGCAUUGAGGGAAGACACACUGAGACCGGAGAAGUCGAUGCUGCGCAUACACAGACUAAAGAGGUUGAGAUCAACCAGCUUGAUGGAGCAUACGAUCAGGAGCGCGAUGGGAAAGAAGCAGAUCAUGCUGACCAUGUGCACGAGUCGGGGGAGAGAGAAGUGCCUGUGAAUAUGCAAGGUCAUGACUUGCAUCGCGAUCAAAAUUCAGAAACCGAUACUGGUACCCAGGAGAUCCACACAACCACUGUCGUCCAUGGCCCUGAUUAUGAGAGUUUCGAGUUUGUGUCGUCCAGCGCUCCUGCUUUCGACGACAAUGAUCACAGCACUGGUCCUCUAUCGCAUUUCGCUGAAACACCCAUCGACCCUGCACUUCUCGAGUCGACUCCUGUUCAAGCAGAGACUCACAUGACCUUUUCGCGACAUAGCCCGGUGAAUUCGGAGGCACAACCAGAAGCUCCAGAGCCAGCUUUGGCAAAAGAACAGCCCGCUGAUGCAGGCUUGUCACUGGAAGGUGCAUCCUCAAGCCUGCCUUUGCCCAUUGACUUAGGCCAUCCUAGUCCAGGUCUCCAACUAGACCAUCAAUUGAUAACACCAGAGCCUUCGCAGCUGACCGGGUUGGAUAAGUCCCCUCCAACGACUACGGCUGCGGACGAGAUGCCACCUACACCCGAACCCACACAGGAGGAUGCGGAAAUGCAGGACGUGUCCAGCGAAGAAUAUGUCUCCGCAGAACAAGACUCCGAGGUCGAAAGCUUUGUCUCUGCACCCUCGCAGAGGGAACCUCACCCACACGAAGGCGAACACAUGGACGAAGACACCGAAGUGCACGCCGCCCACAGCGAGGAUGAAGUCAUGCUAGUCGGACGAGAUACCCCUCGCAUCGUCGCCAUGAACCGCAACUAUCCGGGUCUCCGCAGCAAGCUGUCCUACUUCGCCCCCUUGGCCACACUCAUCGACCACUAUCACGCGCUCAUCGAUACCAUCUCGGUCGUGGCCGAGAUCCGGCCCGCGUUCCGGGCCACGUCGGGCAAGAAGGACUACUUCCUGACCAUUGGGCUCACGGACCCGUCAUUGGCCGGCACUGUACUGUUCGCCCAGAUCUUCCGGUCCAACAAGACGGCGCUGCCGUCUUUGACGGAAGGCGACGCGAUCCUCCUCCGGGACUUCCAGGUCAAGAGCUUCAACCACGCGAUAGUGCUCGCCAGCCUGGAGACGAGCGCGUGGGCCGUGUUCAGCGGGUCUUCCGCCGCCGCCGACGACGCGCAGGUUUCGGGCCCGCCGGUCGAGUACGGCGACGAGGAGGAGACCUACGCCACGGAUCUGCGUCAGUGGUACCAGGAGACCGGGAUGGCGAUGGUCGCCGACCACCAGCUGCAAGCGUCCGUCGAGCGCGACAGCCGCGAGACCACGCCAGCGCACAGCAUCGCCGGCCUGAGCGAAUCGGGCAGCAUGAGCUCGUUGGCGGCGGCAACAGCAGCCGGCGAAGCCCCCACGGCAACGGCGCGCGAAUCCUCAACCACGCCGGGAACUACCCGGGGCGGCUCGCGGCGCAGAAAGUCGCACCGCCGCAUCACGAUCCAUGAGCUGCGGGAUGGGAGGCGAUACGCUGAGGUGGGCUCGCCGACCAGUCCGGAUAGUAUCCAUGAGCUACGGGAUGGUACUGUGUAUGCGAAUCUCUGAGUUCCGUUUUUGGUCCCUAUUCCUUUUCGCUAAAGCGCUCAUUCUUCAUUUUCUAGGGGACAGACAGGACACAGCGAACUGAUCACUGUGCUUAACGGCGAGUCUGGGUCUCGGGGUUGAUUCCUCGCUUUUUCUCGGAAAGAGAUUAUGAUAUGAAAAGAGAAAUGUCUUAUUUUUAGGCAGUGUUCUGCCAGGAAAUGUGUUCAUGCCAUAAC